AUGCUAUCAAAUUCAUUUGAUAAUUCACGUUUCCAAACAUUUGGUAUUGAUCCUAAUAAUUAUGGUCCACAAAUUUAUCAUUGUGUUGAAAGGUCAGUAUUAUCUAAUAGGAUGGUUUCUUCAACACCUGAUGGCAUGGUUAGCGAAAAAUGUCACCGUCAGAUGACAGAAAAUACAGAAAGUAAAAAUUAUCUCUCAGCUAUAUCAGCUACACGUAUACCACCAGAUUUUUAUUCAUCUAACUAUCAAAAAGAACGUUGUAUUGUACCAUCAGUAGAAUUAUCACCUAGGCAAGCUGAAGCUAUAGCAAAAAUUUAUCCAAAUAAAAAAUAUUCUGACAAUUUGACUGUUCCUAUUGAUAGUUAUGAUAGUAAUAUAUUUCCUGAAAAUGUUAAGUAUGGUAAAUAUCCUGAAUUAUCUGGAAAUUAUAAUAUAUUAGGAAAUAAUAAAAAGACAAGUUAUAAUACUUCAGUACCACUUUUAUCUAAAUCACCUGUUGUCUCUUGUCCAACAAAUACUAUUCCCAUAUCAUAUAAUAAGGUCAAAAAAAAUGAAGAAUUAAUACAUGAUGAUUUUUUUAAUAAUAAAUCUAAAUUGAGUCCUACACAUGAUAAUUAUUUUAAUUCAAUGCAUGAAGCUCAACCAAAUGCUACAAUGGAAACAACUGUUUCCGCUCCAACUCAAAAAAGAGUUGGACGCUGGACAUUGGCACAACUCCGUCAAACUGAUGGAAUUAUUCCAUCACAAGCUGGUUGGAAUAAAGGAGAUUCCCAAAAACUUAUGACAAAUUUUGGUACACCACGUAACACUCAAUUAAAUGUAAAAGCUGAAUGUUUAACUGAAAUCCCUGAAGAAAUUCGUCUUAUGUCAAAUGCUGAAGUACGCCUCCAAUCUGGUACAAAUAAAUAUUGUUCUCAAAGAGGAAUGGUUGGAUUUGGAUCAGGUCGUGAUGUUUGCCGUGAAUCAAAUCGUGUAAACACCAAUCCUGCUGAUCUUCCAGAACUUCCAGAAGAAAAAAUCCGUGCUUCUGAAGGAAUUGUUCGUCUUCAAGCAGGUACCAAUCAAUAUGAUUCACAAAAAGGAAUGACAAUGUUUGGAACAUCCCGUCGUGAAACAUGUAAGAUGGUUGAUUCUAAACAUCCAGAAUAUGAUCAUACCCGCCCAGAUCAAAGUGAAAUACCACUUCAAGCUGGUACUAAUAAAUUUGCAUCACAGAAGGGUAUGACUCAAUUUGGUACCAACCGUCGUGAAACUUCUAGAAUUGUUGAUGAUAGACAUCCUGAUUAUGAUCCAGAAACAAGUAUUGAUCAAACAACAAUUUCAUACCAAAUGGGAUCCAACCAAUAUGCUUCUCAAAGAGGAAUGACAUCAUUUGGACAAGGACGUUGGGAAGUUCUCGAUCCAUCAAUUUCUUGGCAAAACCGCAAAUCUCAAGGUAUGGUUCGUCUUCAAUCUGGUACCAAUAAAUUUGCCUCUCAAGCUGGAAUGACCAAAUUUGGUACCCCAAGAAAUAAUACAUUUGAAGCUGAAGGUGGUGAGCUUCCAUAUGAUGAUAUGAAAAAAUCAGAAACUAUUAUACCUUCUCAAGCUGGUUGGAAUAAGGGAGAUUCUCAAAAAGGAUAUACAUCAUUUGGUGCUCCACGUGACGUUAGAGGAAAACAUCUUAAACGUAUUUGGGAAUUGGAAUAUCCAGAAGAAGCUGAAAUUUCACUCGACAAGUUGUAA